UGGCUGCAGCCGGAGGGGGCGGCGGGUGCGGGGUGUUCCGACGGUCCGCCGGCCGCCGCCGCGCCACGAUAACACAGCUCAGAGAGCGUCCAGUGCGGCGACUCGAGCGCGGCGGCCAGCUAUUCUCGCGGGGACCUUCUGCGGCGACCCACCUCCCUCCAGCUCACCAUGAAGAGGCUGCUGAUUGUGCUGGCGUUUACGGCCGCGGCCCAGGCCACCCUGCAGGUCAACUACAACGACCCGCAGGACAAGUGUGAGGGUCAGCCCUGCGCCAAGAACUUCAACUACGACGAGGGCUGCGCCACGGCCAUCCGGAACCAGAUCAGCCGCGAGCUGGAGGCCUCCUUCACCUACCUGGCUGCCGGCGCCCACUUUGCGCAGGACAAUGUGAACCGGCCGGGCGUGUCCAAAAUCUUCUUCGACCACGCCAAGGAGGAGCGCGAGCACGCCAUCAAGCUGGCCGACUACCUGUCCAUGCGCGGAGACCGCGACACCAGCUACCUGCAGGCCUCCUACGCCCCGCUGAAGUACAGCUGGACCAACGUCUUGGAGGGUCUGACGGACGCGCUCGCCAUCGAGAAGGCCGUCACGCGCCACGUGUCCGACAUGAUCAACGCCUGCGAGCGCGACUGGCACGCGGCCGACUGGCUGACGGCAGAGAUGCUGGACGAACAGCACAAGGGCAGUCGCGAGUUCUCCGGACACAUCGCCAAGCUGGGCAGGAUGCUCGUCUCGCAGCCGAACCUGGCCGAGUACAUGUUCGACAAGGAGCUGUAGGCGCGGUUCACACUGUGAGCACCGGGCCAGCCUCGCCCGCCAGCGGCGGCGGGGCCGGCCCUGCACCGAUGAGGGCCUAAAGGGUGGGGCGUUGGAGAGUGUCUUAAUGCGACGAUACUGACGCAAUGUGAAAUAAUAUACCGUCUGUGGUACCGAA